UAUGUUAAGUAUGAAUGUAUUCCUAUUUAAGCAUAAAACUAUUAUGAUUUGAGAGGAGCAGACAAAAUGGGCAAUAACAAUAGAUAGUUAGAGAGAUAUGAGAAAUUAGAAAAGAUUGGAGAAGGUAACUAUUAAUUUUAAUUGUGUUUAGGAACAUAUGGAGUUGUUUACAAAGCACGUGAUUCAGUGACCAAAGAAUUGGUAGCAUUGAAGAAAAUCAAAUUGGAAAAUGAAGAUGAAGGAGUCCCUUCAACAGCAAUGAGAGAGAUUUCAAUUUUAAAAGAACUCUAACCUCAUCCAAACAUAGUGGGUCUUAAAGAAGUCAUUUACCAACCCAAUGAGAAGAAACUCUAUUUAGUAUUUGAGUAUGUUGAGAUGGAUUUCAAAAAAUUCCUUGAUUAGAACAAACACAACUUAACAUUAAGCCAAAUCAAAGUAUUUAUCAAAUCAAUUAUAGCAUUUUACAUUCUAAAUAUUAAAUGGUCUCAAUUAUUGUCAUUCUAGACGUAUAAUACACAGAGAUCUCAAACCUUAAAAUAUCUUAAUUGAUAAAUCAACUGGAAUCAUAAAAUUGGCGGAUUUCGGAUUGGCCAGAGCUUUUGGAGUGCCUAUAAAAACUUUAACACAUGAAGUGGAAACUCUAUGGUAUCGUGCACCAGAAAUAUUAUUAUCUUAAAAAUAAUACUCAUUAGGAGUUGAUAUUUGGUCUGUUGGAUGUAUUCUUACCGAAAUGGUUGAAAAACAUGGGUUAUUUUGUGGAGAUAGUGAAAUUGAUUAAAUCUUUAAGAUAUUUCAAUAUCAUGGAACACCUACAGUAUAAGAUUGGCCAAACAUAGCAGAUCUUCCAGAUUUCAAGCCUACAUUCCCAAGAUUCAGACCUACUCCUCCAGAAUAAUUUUUCAAAAAUUUUGAAAAAGUAUAUAAAUAAAUUAAUAAUAUUAGAAUGGAUUAGAUCUAGUUACUAAAAUGAUUGCUCUUGAUCCAGCUAAGAGAAUAUAUGUGAAAGAAGCUAUGAAACAUCCAUUUUUUGAUGACUUAAACAAGGAAGAUUUAAUUAAAUACUUUCCUCCUGGCCAAUAAAAUUUAGCAAUGUAAUACGGAAAAUGAA